CCCCCAGUGUCUCCUUAGCUGGUUGGGUCUGUGCUGAUCCCUGUGGGACCAGAGAUGACUUUCCCAGUGGUGAGGCAACCUUGGUUUUUCUUUCUGAGCGACCUGAGGGCCAAGCCAUGGGAUCUAGAUUCUGCCCUCUGGCUGUUUAAGUUCAGGAGUCUUUAGAAGGAAUUUUGAGGGAACAAGAUGGUGCCAGGCCCACCUUCCUCUGUCAAGGAUGAAGAGCCUCCCUUUUUCCCCAAGCACCCAUUUCUCCUUCUUAGGAAGAAGAUCCCUCCUCCCCCAUGUCCAUUCAUUUAGAUGCAAACAGCCUUGUUCACCUUCCUGUGGAAAAAUCCACCCUGGGACCUUAUCUGGAGAUGGGGUGGCCCAGGCCCCUUGACUGUGGGUGGGUCCUUCCCUGCCAUUGCUAUUUCAGGCUUGGAGGGGCUGCAGGAAGCCUUAGGAGGGGGCUUCCUCUGGGCGUAUUUUUAGAGGAACAAAAGGGGGUACAAUGGGCCUGUCCCAUUGUAGAUGGGUCAGAUCUAGGGACUAGGCCUCUAGGAGGUAUAGGAGCCCAAGGGACAGUCUACCUGUGGGCGAGAAAGGGGAGCCUCUAUGGCUUCUACAAACCAGGCUUGAGAUAGCCUGCCUCAGGCUGGGUGUGGGAGCCUCAGAUGAUGGGGGGAUUGGGGACUGGACAAACUGAUGAGGCCUGUGUACCUCUGCUCUGAGGUGGCGGUGGUGGGGUGUCCUCUAGGGGCUCCCAUUGGAGGUUAGGGCUUUCUCAUCCACCCUGAACUUGUGUCUCUUGUCCCAGCCUGCAGGAUAGGGGAGGUGAGACAGGAGAACAGUGACAUGGUCUGCCCCUCCCUUUGGGGGCGGGAAGGCCUAGUCAGUGGUGACUCAGCCCAGGCCAUUCAGGGCUGGGGGUGGCUGCAGCUGCAGUGAGCUGAUUCUAGCAGUGAUGACAGGGACAGCCCCCAAACAGACCCAGCAGCUAGCAGUGCCAGGGAUAGGGAGGUGGUGAUAGACCACCCCUUUCCACCCCUUCGGUCCUACAGUGUCUCUACCUCCUGGAGGACUUGGGGACCGAGUCGGGGAUGGUGUAACUCUACAGGUGGUGGGUUCGCAGUAUAAGAUGCUAUGGAGCAAAAUGACAGCAGCCAAGCUUUUGGGACUCCCCUGGUGCCUUCUGUCCUUUUUUCCCUCCCCCCAGCUACUGUCUUCUGUUCUCUAGCCAAGGUCCCCUCCCUUGACUCCCUUUCUCCACUGCCCUGGGUCCUGAAGCAGGGCAGGGCCUCCCAGCAGCUUCCUUCCUUCCUUUCUUAGGACGGAAACCUAGCUGGGUGUGGGGGGCGCUGGACAGGGGAAGGGGUUCAGUCACCACCCUGCUACCAAAAGUGAGUCAGCCCCUAUGUCCCCACCCAUCCCCAGGGAACCUGAGCCACAGCGGGAGGUAGAUAAAUGGGGUGGCAGUCUCGGCUGGCCCAAGAGCUCGGGCCACUCCAGGCUGGGUCACCCGCUGCUUGCCAUUCCUAGCUCACUGCUCAUGGCUCGCUCCAGGAAUACCAUGCUGCCUGCCUCGGCCCCAGGAGCUCCUCCACAGAACUUCCAUCGGGGGCUUGUUCAGGAUGUCAAUGGGCCCCCAAGGGAGCUGCGUCCCCGGCUCUGCCACUUGCGAAAGGGACCCCAGGGCUAUGGGUUCAACCUGCAUAGUGACAAGUCCCGCCCUGGUCAAUACAUCCGCUCUGUGGACCCGGGCUCGCCUGCUUCCCACUCUGGCCUCCGUGCCCAGGACCGGCUCAUUGAGGUGAAUGGGCAGAAUGUGGAGGGGCUGCGUCAUGCUGAAGUUGUUGCCAGAAUCAAGGCCCGGGAGGAUGAGGCCCAGUUGCUGGUGGUAGAUCCAGAGACUGAUGAACACUUCAAGCGGUUGCGGGUCAUACCCACUGAGGAACAUGUGGAAGGUCCGCUGCCAUCACCAGUCACAAAUGGGACCAGUCCUGCCCAGCUCAACGGUGGCUCCGUGUGCUCAUCCCGAAGUGACCUGCCAGGCUCAGAGAAGGACAAUGAGGAUGGCAAUGCCUGGAAGCGAGACCCCUUCCAGGAGAGUGGCCUCCACCUGAGUCCCACAGCAGCUGAAGCCAAGGAGAAGGCUCGAGCUACCCGAGUCAACAAGCGGGCACCACAAAUGGACUGGAACCGGAAGCGAGAGAUCUUCAGCAACUUCUGAGCCCCUCUCUGCCUAUUCAGGGGCCCCAGAGUCUCUUCCUGCACGGACCUUGGGCCUUUCCAGAGCUCCCCAAGCCUCAGCAGACUGGAGGGUGGUUAUCAUGCCGCCCAGAAAACACCCAUGACCCCAUGACCCCUUGUCUUGUCCACUGGGUGCUGCGGCUGUCAUAGCGAGAUGAGGGAAGAGAGAAACCCAGAGAUGUGUGAGAGAGACAGAGACAGAGAGACAGGCAGAAAGGCUGACAGAGAGACAGAGACAUAGUGCGAGAGGGAGGAGCUAUGAAUGGUGGUUUGCCAAGGGCCUUUGCUGUUUGCCUCGGGCCUGCUGACUGAAAGGAAUUCAUGUUUUCGCUUUUUUUCCUAAAAGGUCUCCAGCUCCACAUAUGUUUCUAGUUAAUAGUGGAGCCCCCUCCCCCACUCCCUUGGGACUCACUCUCUAAAUAAUUGCAAUAAAACGAACCUUUCUCUGCAAACCCUUUCUUUCCCACCCUGUCAGCAGCGCCAUCCUGAGCAGAGACCAGGGACUCCAGGGGACAGAUAGCCAGGGGCCGGCCUGCAGGGCCAGCUGUGUCUCUAGGAGCUUCCCGCUUCCCUAGUGAGGGAUGGUCCCUGGGCCAGGCCUCUCUCCUCCGCCUGGCUACCCCUGCGCUGCCUCCCACGUGCUGGGUUCUGGAAUGCAAAGCCUCAGUUCUCUGAGGGACCAGGGGAUGGCGGUUCCCUGUCUGCAAGAGGGGAGCUCUGGACCACCCACCCCUGUCCUGCUUUGCAGCUCGGACCCCGGAGAUGGUGGGCCUGGCCCCUGCCUUCUGCCCACCUGACACCCACCUUCUGCCCUUCCCUCAGUGCUUUCAACGCCCAGACUCACGUGUUGGCACCGCAGUCUGCCUCAGAAGCCAUAGCGCACGUGCGCCCUCAAUUAAACAGGCCUUGCCUCGGA